AUGCCAUUCUCAUACCAGGCAGUGACACGCUCCCACAAACUCAAUGACCAGGACCAUUCCGCGGUUUCUGAUGACCCCUCGAUGGCUCAAGACCCCGUGCCACGCUAUUUCGGAAAGUCAGGGCCAUUCAAUGCUGACCCCUACAAGACCAAGAAAGACGGAGGUGGUAAGGGAAACUGGGGUCGCUCUGGCGAUGAAGUCCAGGACUAUGACUACAAUUUCACCAAUGCUAGACGUCGUUCAAACAGCAGCAACCACGGGCUCUCAGAAUUCAAGACCAAGUUUGAGACUGUGGAACCUGAACCAGUGUUUGAGGAAGAGGUCCCACCCGAGGUAGAUGAAAAGGGGGCCACUGAAGUUGUCCGUCAGAUCGAAGCGGGCUCUGACGGCUAUGGUACCUAUUCGGUCAGGGCAUGA